ACACAACCUACCACGGGCCACGUGCAACCAUAUCCCACAACCUCAAAUUUGACCCGUCACCACGCCCACGACCUCAUUGUUAUCCAUUCCAGCACAACCACCACGGCUACCGAAGGGAUGCCGCCUCGAAAUUUCCAUUAUAAGGGCCGAGGGCUUCACCGGUACUGCAACUCUGAGCAACACUCCGAUAUCAAGAUCCGCUACGGCUUACAGGGCGAAAACGUUUUCCAUGGCCACAAAGUCAUCCUCUCCGUCGCCUCGGAUUGGUUCAAGAAUGCGCUGGGCGGCAAUUUCUCAGUCAGAAACAACUCAAACAGAGAUCACUUUGAGAGACGAUGACCCGGAUACUCUGAAGGCUCUCUUAUCCACCGCAUACGACAUCGAUACCAGUUUCUGUUUCCCGGGGGACUGCGAAGAUCGGAAACUGAACAUAUGUUUCGCGGCCGGGCUCUAUCAUGUGGCGGACAAGUAUCAGUUCCGACGAACGAAAAAAGGCGCCGAGCGGGAGUUCCUGCACCAUCUUAACGACUUCGUGGGAGAUGUUACGAACUAUCGUGUGCUACUAAAACCGUUGGAUCCGUUCGUUGAUUCUUUCGAGGAAAUGAUGAAUACGCUCUACGAUCUUACUGAGAAUGAUUCGGAACACGCACUCAUUCAACAUGUGUUGCGUGGGGUUUGCAAGGGAAGUGUCCUGUUUGCACACGGCAAAGAACGUAUUCGUGACAUUGUUACCGAAACUGCCAAGCGUGUGCCCGUCUUUGGGCAGGGUAUUUUCCUCUACAUGAUGGCAUUGUUCACUAAAGGGUCCGAAAAGGAGAAGAGCAAUAUCGCUCUGUCACUCGUAUAUUCGGUCAGGUGCCACAACUGCAAGUCUGGAUGGAGACUGGAUUACCAGGCGGGAAAAGGAGGACACUGUUGGAAUUGUGGAACACGUGUCAGUGACUGGACCGAGCAUAAAGCUUGUACGGGAGAACACGGCUGCCUAUGUAGGGCUUCUUCCAGAAUCACCUACCAAACGGGCUCUAUGACCCUCCGCGAUAAGGAAUACCCCGACGAAACGUUAAUGUUCACCC